GGGUGUGGGGUGGGCGCGUUUAGAGGAGUGACCAGCAGGGAUAUUGGGAUGCAAUGUGUGUGAGCCUAAGGAACUGAGGCUAAAGAGUCCGAGCCAGAAGUGUCAAGAACCCGUUCCGGCCUAGGGUCUGCACUGUGUGGAGUCGCGUGGUGCAGACUUGCCUGCAGAGCACACGGCCGGGGUCUCGCGGGACCCUUGAACCCCGCUAAGCCACAGGUGCCAGGCGGGGCCUCCUGGGAGAGCCAGCAGCUCAGCGGCGGGAACCGCAGCCCGGCGGCCUUGGAACCUCCCAGAGCUUGCUGAUCCCCCAGACCUGCUCACCUGUGGAGCAGGACAAAGAGACCUGCGAGAUGGAGAGGGAGGAGACAGUAGCUAAGGAUCCAGGGCCACAAGCCAGCUAUUCAUUGUUCUUCAAAGAGAAAAUCAAAGAAAAGACACAGAAAGAAAUGGCUCAUUCUCCAUUAAUCAUGUCCCAGCGUCUGUUGACAUUUGGGGAUGUGGCUGUGGACUUCCCCCAGGAGGAGUGGGAAUGUCUGGACUCUGCUCAGAGGGCUUUGUAUAUUGAUGUGAUGUUGGAGAAUUACAGCAACCUGGUCUCUGUGGAGAACUACUGCAUAUGUGAUACUGCCCACCAACCUGUGAGGACUGAAAAGGAGUCUUGUCAGUAUAAUGAGCUUAGUGAAAUGCUUCAUGAACCCUCCAACUGUGCACUUUAUAAAAGAAGUGACACUACAGAAACCUCUAAUAACUACAGAUGCUAUAAGGACAAGGGUGCCUCUGUUGAUUUGUUAAAUCCAGAUAGACAUAAAAGAAUACACAGUGGAGAAGAACUUUGCAAAUCUGAAGACUGUGAGAAAUCUUUAAGUUUGUGUUCCAACAUUAGUCAAGAUCAGAGACUCUAUACUGCAAAUGAACUGCAGAGUCAGGGAGAAUAUGAUGAUGAUUUCAGCUCUGUGUACAGUCUAAUGCAACAAACAAUCUAUAUUGGAGAUACACCACACCAAUGUGAGAAAUGCAGGAAAUGCUUCAGUACGGCCUCAAGCCUAACUGUACACCAGAGAAUUCAUACUGGAAAGAAACCCUACAAGUGCAAUGUUUGUGACAAAUCCUUUACCCAGUGCACAAAUCUUAAAACACAUCAAAGACUUCAUACUGGGGAGAAACCUUACAAAUGCAAAGAAUGUGGAAAAUCAUUUCCUCAGUUGUCAGCACUUAAAAGCCAUGAGAAAAUGCAUACUGGAGAGAGACCUUACAAAUGUAAAGAGUGUGACAAAUCCUUUGCUCACUGUUCCAGUUUUAGGAGACAUCAGAAAAUCCAUAGUGCUGAGGAACAUUAUACUUGUCAACAAUGUGGCAAAGUCUUACAUCAGCUUUCACACCUUAGAAGCCAUUACAGACUCCAUACUGGAGAGAAGCCUUACAAAUGCAAUGAGUGUGACAGAUCCUUUACCCACUAUGCAUCAUAUAGAAGGCAUCAGAAAACUCAUUCUCUAGAGAAAUUUAACAAAUGCAAAGAAUGUGGUUUUGAACUCACAUCUGAAGAUUUGGAGCUAGGACCUUCCUAUGAGAGAGAACAUGCAAUGCCUGUCAUUCUGAGUCUUGGUUACUCCACUCAGUGUGAUCAUUUCUAUGUCCAUCCAUUUACUGACACCAGUCAAGCUGCCUGGACCAGAGAACACAAGGCAAGCUUCUGGAGGAGGUAUUGAGUGGCUUGAAAGACACACCUCCCAACUCAGCUCUGGGUACAUGACUGUCCCGGUGGUUGUUGCUUCUCAGCGGGCCGAGUGUGGCAGGAUGGUGUCAGUGGAGACCCUCUCUUUACAACUUGGAGACUACGUCUGUUCAGAGAGGGAGCGAGCACUUCCGGCAGGAAGGGUAGCCAUUUACAGAGCAAAAUGAGUGAUCAGGAGUCCAUUCUACGCUCUGGUAAGGGAGACAUCGGCCCAUUCGAGGUUUCUCCUGCCCAGUCUGUCUGAGCUUGAAGCCCUGCUCUCUGGGAACUCAUGGGCCGCGGGAGGCCGCAGUCUAUGACCAUUCUAGCGGCCCUGGACCCUUGUGUGUGCCGCUCGGCGGAGGGAGAGCGAAAUGCGCCUGACUGCGCCGCGGAUAACCGAGGGGACAGGUCAGAUUCCUUGUGCCCCGCUGCCCGCAGGGAGGGCCCCGCUCUGAGGAGGGGGUUUGGAUCCCCGAGGAGCCCAGGCAAGCCACAGUGCCUUGUUGGCUGGCGCCGAGUAACUGGGCUCCGCUCCUCCGCCUGUGCAAGAAGGAGCGGUGCCACUCAGGUCCCAGGUUUCCCCAGCUGCUUGGCGGUACUCGCCCAGAGCGUCACGGUGGCCUCAAGGCUCCCCAAGCGGAGUGACUGGGCCCCGCCCUGGCCAGGCCCCACCACCGCCUGAGGUGGACUCAGCCCCGGGCGACUACCCGCUGCAGCUGCGGGACACCUGCAUCAAGGCCUGAGACUCUCUGGCUCCGUAAAGCACAGGGUCAGUCUGGAAAAGAAAGGGUUAAGUCAAGAGGGUGGGUGGGUCUUCAAAUCGCAACGCCAGUCCGUCUCCGUUCCUUAAAGUGACACAUACAGAACAGCCAGCCAGCCAGCAUCUAAAACAAACAGGUCAAGUCCGCUCUGUCCUUCACAGAAAUUAACACCAGGGGCACUCCGUUCCCCAGGGUCUUUGAAACAUCGCCCAAGCCCCUGUGGCUAGGAUGUACCAGAGUGACCACCACGCCGGAUUCCACAUCCUCUUGUUGUUUCUUGCCAGGAAAUACAGAUUUUUAGGCCUCUUCAGAACAGAAUGACAGAAUUACUCGGAACAGAAUUAUUGCAGUAUCACACAAGCACACACUGACAGACACUUACAGACUCAGACAUUACCAGUAUUGAGACCCUCCAGGGUUGGGUCCUGGCAGCCUUGGAGUUCCAGGCCAAUGCACCAAAAUGUUGUGCCAGGAAGCCUUCAUGAACCCCAAAUGGCCACCAAGCAGCUGUUUCUGAUGGGUCUCCUUAUUGCAAGCUUGGGCUUGGGCUCUCCUCCAACCCAAUCCUGACAAAGCAGGACAGAAAGGAAGGCAAAUCAGACUCGAACCAUCAGCAGGACAAGGUUUUAUAGGGAAUGGGAGUAAGUGAGGGGGUGUCUAACUGAAUGUCUAUUGUAUGCUGACAGGUGGGUGCUCUGAAGCAAGACCAUGAACAAUUCCAAAGGGUCUGAAAGUACGUCUGAAACAAUCAGACUAAACUUUAAUUAACUGUUGCUAGGAAGUAGCUAGGGAGUAACUCCAAGCUACUAGGGGGUAUGGGCCAAGCAUAAGCCAGUGGAGUCUUUUUGUACUUGGAUGCAGCUUGGGUUCUGCUGCAGGUCAAGAUCUCAGGCUUUUUUUCUCUUUAAGAUGGAGGCAGGUCCCAAGAUAGAGUAGGUUUGGCCUUUCACUAGAAACAAAAAUGUUACUUCGAUUGAAAAGUAUCUUUUUGAGACUUUCCUGGUCUGCUCCUGUCCUGUGUUGUUGUCCUUAAGAAAGAUGGUGCUGAAGCCAUAAUUUGACCCUUACUAUCCCAAAGUCAAGAUGGCAACCAGUGACGUGCUCUUUACCCAGUAUGUAUACUUUACUCCUGUUGGUUUAAGGGGGCAAUCUAAAAUGAGCAUCCUUGUCAUUCACCAUCACUAUGGCAACACCACUGCUGCUGCAACAGGAGGUAGGUGGGGGUAGAAGGCUCGAGGAGUGCAGGGCUAGGGGCACCUGGAGCCUUGUGGUUAGUGCAGUGAAGGGAGAGUAGGGAACCCAGCUCUCCCUGGGAGAACAUAGGGAGUUCAGACAAAUUUAAACAAAUUUUUUUUAGAUCCCAUGGUACCCAUCUUCGCAGCAUUUGCCAGAGAUCCCAACACUCUAGAAUUGCCUUCCCAAUUGAGAGUCUAGGAUCGAAUGGAAAGUGUGAUUUGUGGGUGGUAACCUCGGUAUCAGAGCUUCCUCCAAACAAGCACCUGGUCUUUCUUCACUUGGCUCACUCUGGUUCAACCCUGACUCAGCAAAGAAAUCUCCUGGACACUUGCUCCGGAUGGGUACUCAAGGAGUCUGAAGAAAUGAUGCCUCAGAUGGAGAAGGACAGAGGGACAAAAGUGGUCCCCAUGUGGCCAGAAAUAACCCUAGCCAUGGUACUGGGGACUCAACAUCUCCUGCAUUGGUCACCAUCUGAUAGCUUAUUUCUCCACCAGUGAAAUAAACCAGUCCAAGCCAGAUUAUAAUAUAUUAUGAAAAGGCAACAUAGACCCCAUUUGUCUCCAUUUAAGGACCAGGCCUGAUUUCAAAAAAGGCCAAGGCACCAGCUUCAGGAAUAGGCCAUAAGUCCCACUUAAUGUCGUAAGUCAUAAGACACUAGCUCUAGGAACAAGACAAUGAAAUCCGCUUUUUCACAACGGGUUUGCCGUCAGAACACAGGUGUUGUGAAAGCCACCGCUAGUUCAAAGCAAACAUGGGAAAGGAGAAGACUCACAUCAACAUCGUCGUACUUGGACAUGUAGAUUCCAGCAAGUCCACCACAACCGGCCACCUGAUCUACAAAUGUGGUGGAAUCGACAAAAGAACGAACCAUCGAAAAGUUUGAGAAGGAGGCUGCUGAGAUGGGAAAAGGCUCCUUCAAGUAUGUCUAGGUCUUGGGCAAACUGUAGGCUGAGUGUGAGCGUGGUAUCACUAUUGACAUCUCCCUGUCGAAAUUUGAGACCAGCAAAUACUAUGUGACUAUCAUUGAUGCCCCAGGACACAGAGACUUCAUCAAAAACAUGAUUACAGGCACAUCCCAGGCUGGCUGUGCUGUCCUGAUUGUUGCUGCUGGUGUUGGUGAAUUUGAAGCUGGUAUCUCCAAGAAUGGGCAGACCCGUAAGCAUGCUCUUCCGGCUUACACCCUGGAUGUGAAACAACUAAUUGUUGGUGUCAACAAAAUGGAUUCUACCGAGCCACCUUACAGUCAGAAGAGAUACGAGGAAAUCGUUAAGGAAGUCAGCACCUACAUUAAGAAAAUUGGCUACAACCCUGACACAGUAGCAUUUGUGCCAAUUUCUGGUUGGAAUGAUGACAACCUGCUGGAGCCAAGUGCUAACAUGCCUUGGUUCAAGGGAUGGAAAGUCACCUGCAAAGAUAGCAAUGACAGUGGCACCACUCUGCUGGAAGCUUUGGACUGUAUCCUGCCACCAACUUGUCCAACUGACAAGCCUCUGCCACUCUCCCUCCAGGAUGUCUAUAAAAUUGGGGGUAUUGGCACUGUCCCCAUGGGCCAAGUAGAGACUGGUGUUCUCAAACUUGGCAUGGUGAUUACCUUUGCUCCAGUCAAUGUAACAACUGAAGUCAAGUCUGUUGAGGAAAUGUACCAUGAAGCUUUGAGUGAAGCUCUUCCUGGGGACAAUGUGGGCUUCAAUGUAAAGAACAUGUCCGUCAAAGAUGUUAGAUGAGGCAGUGUUGCUGGUGACAGCAAAAAUGACCCACCAAUGGAAGCAGCUGGCUUCACUGCUCAGAUGAUUAUCCUGAACCAUCCAGGCCAUAUUAGUGCUGGCUAUGCUCCUGUUCUGGAUUGUCACACAGCCCACAUAGCACGCAAGUUUGCUGAGCUUAAAGAAAAGAUCGAUCGUCAUUCUAGUAAGAAGCUGGAAGAUGGCCCCAAAUUCUUGAAGUCUGGUGAUGCUGCCAUUGUUGAUAUGGUCCCUGGCAAGCCCAUGUGUGCUGAGAACUUCUCUGACUAUACUCCACUUGGUCGUUUUGCUGUUCGUGACAUGAAGCAGACAGUUGCUGUGGGUGUCAUCAAAGCUGUGGACAAGAAGGCGGCUGGAGCUGGCAAAGUCACCAAGUCUGCCCAGAAAGCUCAGAAGGCUAAAGGAAUAGUAUCCCUAACACCUGCCACCCCAGUCCUAAUCAGUGGUGGAAGAACGGUCUCAGAACUGUUUGUCUCAAUUGGCCAUUUAAGUUUAAUAGUAAAAAACUGGUUAAUGAUAACAAUGCAUCGUAAAACCUUCAGAAGGAAA